AUGGACAACGCUUCUCCGAUGCAUCCAAACGGUCACCAAUGGGUUCAACGGGUCCAGAGUAUCAUCAGGUCUCAGACCAGUAUGGGGAUACGUCAUCGGGACCGCUCCACUACGGGCAACACCCUGAAGACUGGCAGCUGCAGCUCCGCUCUCACCACAUACUUCUUCGGUGCCAACCUGAAGGACAAACUGACCAUUGGACACUUCCUGGAGUUCCAGAGAAAAUUACACCAUGAUGUCCUCAAACUAGAGUUCAUGCGUAACGACCCAGUGGAUGGGUGUAUAACAGAGAGACAGUUUGGAGGCAUGCUGCUGUCUUACAGUGGGAUCCAGUCACACAAACACAAACAGAUGCAGAAGGGACUCAAGAAGAUGUUCAGAGAUUCCCAGGGCAUUACGUUUGAGGAGGUGGAGAAUUUCUUUAUCUUCCUGAAUAAUGUCAAUGAUGUGGACACAGCUCUGAGUUUCCACCACAUGGCCGGCGCCUCCAUAGACAAAGCCACGAUGAAGCAGGUAGCUCGUACGGUGGCUAAAGUGGAGCUGUCUGAUCAUGUGUGUGACGUCGUGUUUGCUCUGUUCGACAGCGAUGGUAAUGAAGAACUGAGUAAUAAGGAGUUUGUAGCCAUAAUGAAGCAGCGUCUGAUGCGAGGUCUAGAGAAACCUAAAGACAUGGGGUUCACCCGGUUGGUACGAGCCAUGGUGAAGUGUGCCCAAGAAACCGCACGGGACUUCGCCUCUCCCAAACAGAAUUAGAGACCUGUGUCUGUGUGUGUGUCUGUGUGUCUGUGUCUGUGUCUGUGGUCUACUCUACACAAAGACCAGCCCGAGGCUUCCAUCCCCGUCUCUUCUUUUAAAUGCCAACAAUAGGCAACUAUAACUCAGUAUAUCUCAUCAGAACAAAGGGAGAUUAAACUCAUUAGGACCUCAGAUAUGAUGGGAACAUAAUUAGUCACGUAAUCUACUACAAUGUGCUUUGUGCUUAGUUGGGCAUUAUACUGAGGCCUGUAUCUCAAAUGGCACCCUAUUCCCUAUACCGUACCCUAUUCCCUAUACCGUACCCUAUUCCCUAUACCGUACCCUAUUCCCUAUACCGUACCCUAUUCCCUAUACCGUACCCUAUUCCCUAUACCGUACCCUAUUCCCUAUACCGUACCCUAUUCCCUAUACCGUACCCUAUUCCCUAUACCGUACCCUAUUCCCUAUACGGUACAUUUGAAAGUAUUCAGACCCCUUGACUUUUUCCACAUUUUGUAACGUUACAACCUUAUUCUAAAAAUGGGUUAAAUAGUUUUUUCCCCUCCUGAAUGUACACACAAUAUGCCAUAAUGACAAAGCAAAAACAGUUUUUUUUUUAAUGUUCAUUUACAUGAGUAAUCAGACCCUUUACUCAGUACUUUGGCAGCGAUUACAGCCUUGAGUCUUCUUGGGUAUGACGCUACAAGCUUGGCACACCUGUAUUUGGGGAGUUUCUCCCAUUCUUCUCUGCAGAUCCUCUCAAACUCUGUCAGGUUGGAUGGGGAGCGUCGCUGCACAGCUAUUUUCAGGUCUCUCCAGAGAUGUUCGAUCGGGUUCAAGUCCGGGUUCUGGCUGGGCCACUCAAGGACAUUCAGAGACUUGUCCCGAAGCCACUCCUGGGUUUUCUUGGCUGUGUGCUUAGUGUCAUUGUCGUGUGGGAGGGUAAACCUUGACCCCAGUCUGAUGUUCUGAGCACUGUGGGGCAGGUUUUCAUCAAGGAUCUCUCUGUACUUUUCUCCAUUCAUCUUUCCCUCGAUCCUGACUAGUCUUCCAGUUCCUGCCUCUGAAAAACAUCCCCACAGCAUGAUGCUGCCACCACCAUGCUUCACCGUAAGGAUGGUGCCAGAUUUCCUCCAGAAGUGACGCUUGGCAUUCAGGCCAAAGAGUUCAAUCUUGGUUUCAUCAGACCAGGGAAUCUUGUUUCUCAUGGUCUGAGAGUCUUUAGGUGCCUUUUGGCAAACUCCAAGCAGGCUGUCAUGUGCCUUUCACUGAGGAGUGGCUUCCAUCUGGCCAGUCUACCGUAAAGGCCUGAUUGGUGGAGUGCUGCAGAGAUGGUUGUCCUUCUGGAAGUUUCUCCCAUCUCCACAGAGGAACUCUGGAGCUCUGUCAGAGUGACCAUCAGGUUCUUGGUCACUUCCCUGACUAAGGCCCUUCUCCCCCGAUUGCUCAGUUUGGCCGGGCGGCCAGCUCUUGGAAGAGUCUUGGUGGUUCCAAACUUCUUCCAUUGAAGAAUGAUGGAGGCAACUGUGUUCUUGGGGACCUUCAAUGCUGAAGAAAUGUUUUGGUACCCUUCCUCAGAUCUGUGCCUCGACACAAUCCUGUCUCAGAGCUCUACGGACAAUUCCUUCGACCUCAUGGCUCGGUUUGUGCUCUGACAUGCACUGUCAACUGUGGGACCUUAUAUAGACAGGUGUGUGCCUUUCCAAAUCAUGUCCAAUCAACUACUUUUCACAGGUGGACUCCAAGUUGUAGAAACAUCGCAAGAAUGCCCAAUGGAAACAGGAUGCACCUGAGCUCAAUUUUGGGUCUCAUAGCAAAUGGUAUGAAUACUUAUGUAAAUAAGGUAUUUCUGUAGUGCACUACUUUUGACUAGAGCCCUAUGGGUAGUACACUACUUUUGACUAGAGCCCUAUGGGUAGUGCACUACUUUUGACUAGAGCCCUAUGGGUAGUGCACUACUUUUGACCAGAGCCCUAUGGGUAGUGCACUACUUUUGACCAGAGCCCUAUGGGGUAGUGCACUACUUUUGACCAGAGCCCUGUGGGUAGUGCACUACUUUUAACCAGAGCCCUAUGGGUAGUGCACUACUUUUGACCAGAGCCCUAUGGGUAGUGCACUACUUUUGACCAGAGCCCUAUGGGUAGUGCACUACUUUUGA